AUGAGCUAUAAAUCAGGUCAAAAGGGUGAAAAGGGUGAUCACGGAGCAGAGGGACCAAAAGGAAGCGAUGGUGGAUCCGGAUUUAAUGGUGACGACGGGCAUGAUGGUCUAGAUGGAGCCAAAGGUGAAGUUGGUCCAGCAGGACCUAAAGGAGGUAUAGGUCAAAAAGGUGCAAAGGGUGAGUUGGGAUUGACAGGAGAUGUUGGAACUCCUGGCCCCAAAGGAGACUCUGGAAUGCGUGGUAUUAAUGGACCGAAAGGAGGCCCUGGGGCUCCUGGGCCAAAGGGGCAAAAAGGGAUAACUGGAUCAAUUGGAUGGACUGGAGCUGCUGGUAUCAAAGGAAGUAAAGGAGAUAAAGGUAAUAUUGGGUAUAGAGGACAAAAAGGCGAAACAGGAUUUACAGGUCAGAAGGGCGAGCCAGGGCAAUCAAUGUCAGGAACAAAAAGGAAGAUCGCGUUCUCCGCAGAACUGGAUUCUCAUUUCACUACCCUGCGAGCUGGAACCGUGGUUGUCUUUCAACAUCAAACAUUGAAUGCAGGAAACUACUAUAGUCCUUUCCAAGGAAUAUUUCAGUGUGGUGUAUCCGGUUUUUAUAUUUUCACCUGGACAAUGGCCGUCAAUAGUGGGCAUGGAUUAACUACACUUUUAGACGUUAACGGAUCGCCAAGGGGAUAUUUGUAUUCUGUUGGUCAACCCUACAACUGGAACAGUGGGUCUAACUCGGUCAUGGUUGAUUUGAAUGUCGGAGAUCGUGUUAGCGUGAAAAUCGUGUAUUCAACAGAUAUCGGUGCUUAUCCUUUGAGUGGUUCAUCAUUCUUCGGAUUUUUACUUGACUGA